AUGGCUGAUGGAGAGGUCCAAUAUCCAUCAACUUCUCGCUCCUACAAAUUGAUUAGUAUAAUUUCUAGCAGUGCUAGUUCCACGGUUUACAAGGCCGAGUAUUCGAACACUGUGGUGGCAGUCAAAAUAAUUCAUCUUGAAAAAUCGGGUUCAAAUUUGGAGAAUGGUUUACGUGAUGCAAGAGAAGUCUCACAUGAAAACGUCCUUACUGCCUACUGUUUCUUUAGAUCUAAUGAUUGUAUUUGGGUGAUAUUGCCAUUCAUGUAUUCUUUAACAUCGAUAAAAGAUUAUUUGCCUCAUAGGUUAAACGAGCAACAAAUUGCCAUUAUUUUGAAACCAACACUAACGGCAUUGUCUUUUCUUCACGGACAGAAUAUAUUUCACAGAAACUUGAAGCUAUCUAAUAUUUUGAUAGACUCGAAUGGAUCAGUUAAAAUCUCUGACUUUGGUACCUCGAGCUCAAGUUCCAAGUAUGUAAAAAGCAAAAAGUCAGUGUUAUAUUGGAUUGCACCAGAGGCAAGAAACUCACGACAACGUAAUAAUGACAAUGCUAAGGCUGAUAUAUGGAGUUUUGGAAUUUGCGCAUUAGAAUUAUUUCAUGGUGGUCCUCCUAUAACUUGCCUCCCUAAUUCAAAGCCUUUGCUACAACAAAUUAGAGAAAGGAUUGAAUUGCCAGAUGGGUAUGAGAAUUAUAUUACAAAUCCAAGAAAAUUGUCCGAAAAAUUCUGUGAAGUAGUGAAGAGUUGCUUGAGUCCAAAUCCUGAAAGCAGGCCCACAGCCAAAGAAUUGCUACGUUACCAAUUUUUCAAGAAUCGCAGGAAUAGUGAGGUUUGUCUCAAAAAACUGGUGAAUGAGGUUGAAGGCAAGGUUAGGGAGAUUAGUGAACCCAAUAUUACUUUGGGCAAAUUUGAUGAAACGUUAGGCUUAUUAAAAUCAGGUGGUGGAGUUGAUGAUAGAAGGGUUACCAUGCAGAUUCAAGUACCUUCUCAAGCACACACUGAGAAUAUUGAGGCUGAUGGUAUGGUUCAUAGGGCAACUAAGCGAAGUAGAGUAGUACACGCUAAUUCCACUCAGAAUAUUGAGUCUAUUGCUACAAUUGAUAGGGUUACUCAAACAAUCAAUGAGUCAACUCAAGCAAAUGUAGGUCCUAGUGCCAAUGGACAUGUAAAUGUGGGUCUUCAGUCUGAAAUUGUUGAACCACCCAAUGGGUCAACUCAGAAUAUUGGGACUAAUGGAACAAUUGAUAGGGUUACUCAAUCUCAACAUUUUCAAACAAUCAAUGAGUCAACUCAUGUAAAUGUAAGUCCUAGUGUCAAUGGACAUGUAAAUGAGGAUACUCGGUCUCAACUUUAUGAACCACCCAAUGGGUCAACUCAGAAUAUUGAGACUUAUGGUAUAGUUGGUAGGGUUUCUCAAUCGGGUCCUAGUGAUAAUGGACAUGUAAAUGAGGGUACUCAAUCUCAACCUUUUCAACCACCCCCUGCAUCAACUCAGGAUAUUGGGACUUAUGAUACGGUUCGUAGGGUUACUCAGCGGAUUGGAGCUGGUCAUGCUAGGAUUCCUACAUCUCGACCUUCUCAAUUACCACACGAGUCAACUCUAGUAAUUAAGGGUCCUAGUGGCAAUGGACAGGUAAAUGAGGAGGGUCCUCACUCUCGACCUUCUAGACCAGCCACUGAGUCAACUCUGAGUCCUAGUGCCAAUGAGACCAAUGAGGCUAUUACUAUGGACUACCCUGAUGAUCCAGAUCUAAUUUUUCAAAGGAUUUGGCUGAGAAAUUGGGAUGAAAAGUUAAAGUAA